GCUGUUCAGCCUCAUCAGAUUUUCUGGAAUUUUCGCACCUAGCCCUGAAACACGCGUCCAAAAUCAGGCCUUGACGAGGGAGUAACUACUACCGUGACUUCACGCACGUUAGGGCCGCCUGAGACCCUCACCCAAACUAGAGUCUCCAAAUUUAUCUCCCAACCAAUUUGCCAGUACAUGAACACCAACAACUUCUCUGCGACUCCCAAGGCCAUCCACACGCAUGCGAUUCAUCCAGGCGCUGGCAAGGAUUUCCGAUCUGUAGCAGCUUCCAGUGCAUACCUCAAACCGCGGAAGAAGCGAAUUCUCCUACAAUGUACGCAUUGCCAAAUGACAUUGAAGAACCCUCGGAAAUGCUCAAAGUGUAAGAGUGUCUGGUAUUGCUCACAAAAGUGUCAAAAGAAAAACUGGCCCACCCACAAACUAACAUGCCACGAAACCGAUCGCUCAUCGGGGUCACUCAAAUUCAUACGAAUGUUCAUUUCAAAUCCAUUGAUCAUGGGGUACCUUAAAAUUGGUAUCAUCUUUGACUGUGGCCUGCUUGACAAACCCGGGAUCGGAUUCGACGUGCCGUUCGUGGCACGUGUUGACAUUGGCAUUGAGCCGAGUGACAUUCUUGAUUUCAUUGGAUUGUAUCUCGAUGACAAGGCCAUUGGGGAGAAGCUUCAAGGGAUGGUGCAAGUCAACGCCGUCACUCCGCGGUACCCGAGUCUGAUGCGCCCCCUCACGCCGCAGCAACUACACUUAUGGCGUGAGGCUCGAGCGAUGUAUAACGCAAAGGGUUUCGCCAAGGAUCCUGUUGGACUCGUAGACUUUGUCGAUGGUAGCUGUCCGGGGUACUGGAAGAACGGAGUAACCGUUGGGUUGCAUAUCCCCACUAUUGUCCUUGACAUGGCGAGGAAACGUGAGCCCUUUGUACAUGUCUCUGCUGUCACAGGCACUCGGUUCAAGCAACCCAUGAAUGCUGUGGCGUGUCUAGAAUAUAUCAACGCGCAUAUUCGGGAAGAUACGCAAAACCAGUUGCGUUUACGGACUGAGAUGACAGACAAAGACAAAGAAAUUAUUCGUGCUGCAGGUCGCAACGAGGGCACAUUUUCCGCUCGUAUCCUCAAAGAGAAGAUGGAAAGAGAACACUUAUAUGCUAAUAUCCCUGGACCCCACAGACGUGAAGGUCUUGGGAUAAAAAUAUCUCUGAGCCGCCGAUAUUCCACAUAUUGUUGGCUGCCAUUUGUUUUUGUUGUUUUGUUUCUCUCCCUGCUUCCCAUGUUGCCAUUAUUAGUCCACGUCUGAUAAUCCUUGCCCUUUUUGCCCAUCCUAUCUUGUCCGUCUUCUGUGCAUCCUCCCACUGCUCCCCCCUGCUACUCCGAACUACGCAUCCCUGAUGCAUCAUCGUCUCAGUUGUUCAGGGUUAAAUCGCGAUGUAUUCUGCUUCCUCUUUGUCUCUUCCGGGCACUCCUCAGUCAGCGCCCCCUGUGGUACUUAUAAUUUCCAACAAGUUUAAUGAUAUUGGCUCGUCGACUGUGACGUCUGGCAUCUUGCAUAAAAUUCUCUGAGUAUCAUCGGGUUUCCAGAGAGCGGCUUCCUGUUUCUCAGAUAUCCUUGUGGAGUAUCAUUAAUAUCAUUGUUUUCUGUUCCUAC